AUGAUUUCAGAAAGUACUGAACAGAGCAAUGAAGAACCUCUAUCACUAGCACACUCUAAGCAGCAAGAACAAAACCAUACAAAAGAUGAUACACAUAUAGUCUUAGAGGAAACUGGUCCUACAGAAUUAGCUACAACAAAUAACAGCUUAGAUAAACAAAUGCAAGCAACAACCCAAGAAGUUUUCUUAUCAGAUACAGAAAUGCUAUCAAAAGAUGAACUUGCCAUUUAUGGCUAUGAAACACCACAUCCAUCUGCAAGUCACAUUCCCAAAGCAGCUUCUUCUGACAAAAAUGAAGAAACAGAUGGCUUUAUCACA